AUGUUGCGGAGUUUAUUAAUACUCUUAGCAGCUUUGUCUAUAGUGCGUUUAUUCCCCCCUUACAGUACGGAUGAACUUUCCAUGCACCUCUUGACUACACCACUCCUCUACCGCAUUCUAUCUUUCCAGGCCACCCCUCAGUACACAAAGACAGUAGGAAUCAUUCUCUCUGUACUGUUCACGAUCGUCAUGGUCGUCCACAUGGUCAUGGAUGAGUUCCUGCUUCACGCCGUGACAUUCGGGGCCGCAGUGUGUCUGAUCACGACUCGCACGCUCAAGAUCAUUCCUCGCGAGAUCCCGGACGUUGAGGCCCGUAAAAGGAUUCAGUCCGUGGCGCUGUUUGGAUGUGCAAGCUUCAUCUUCGGAUAUCUCGUCUGGCUGAUUGACGAGUUUGUGUGUCAAUCCUUGAUCGUAGCCAGACACGCGGUCGGGCUACCCGUGGCGUUCUUGCUUGAGCUGCAUGGCUGGUGGCAUGUCUUCACUGCCAUUGGUGGAUAUAUCGCCGUGGCGGUCAUUGAUUUGAUUACUUCCGGGGAAGUGCAACGGGACUCGGUUGCACAGCUCGCGUGGCCGCUGCCGACUGUUGCGAGGUUGCUUGGGCCUGCUGCAGGAGAGACGAAGCGGGAGUAG